UACUUGUACGAGGUAGCAAGCAGUGAACAAGUUCAACCCUCAGUAGACCAGACUAGACACUGUAGCCAUGCAUCCACACCUUGAGAGUGUCCUCUGGACCGACGACCAAAUCUCUCGCCGAAUUUCCGACCUCGCCGCUCAAAUCUCCGCCGACUUUCUCGCCUGUUCUCCGCCGCCAGUCUUUAUCGGCGUGGCCACCGGCGCAUUCCUCUUCCUAGCUGACCUCGUUCGCAAAAUCGACCUCCCCAUCACCGUUGAUCUCAUCCGAGCUGAAUCCUACGGUUCCGGAACUGUGUCCAAUGAAGCACCCACCAUUUCUUUCGGUUUGAAGGUUGACAUCAAAGACCGCCACGUUAUCUUGGUUGAAGACAUUGUAGACACAGGACAUACUUUAUCCAGAGUUAGUGAGCACUUGAAAUCCAAAGGAGCGUCCUCUGUCUCUGUGUGCACUCUCCUUGAUAAACCUACACGGAGAAAAGUUAAUUUACAGCUGGUGGGUGACGAGAAAUACUACAGGGGAUUUGAGUGUCCAGACUAUUUUGUUGUUGGUUAUGGAUUGGAUUUCGCGGAGCUGUAUAGAAAUUUGCCUUACAUUGGUGUCUUGAAGUCUGAACAUUAUGAGUGAUGCUAUUUUUUGUCCUUGCUACUGCACUAGGUGGAAGCACAAAGCAUAGACCACGUCACCACGGUGUUUUAAGCCAUAUAACACAUGGUAUUUUAAGAAGGAAAUGCUCGAGAUACAGUUGUAUGCUACUAGUAUGUGAUAUAUUUAUUAGUCACUCUAAAAUUUGAAUUUAGUUUUGACAUUUUUAAAAUCC